AAACCGCCAGUAAACAACAGAAGACGAAGAAGAAAUAGAAGCGAGGAAAAAAACCAAUUAUAUAAUUUCCAGACCCGGAGCCUGCAGUUUGCAUCCAGUAAUCUAGGGUUGCGGGAUCGGCUGCCUGGGCCUCAGAUGAAACGAAACAACGAAAGUAACCCUAGUACAGAAACUGAAGACAUGGAGGCUCAGGUUUCAGUCAACGAGCCUCCACCAAAAAAUGGACGACAGCAGAACCAAAGGCGAAACAAGAGAAAGCAGCCACAGCAUUCUGAUGAUAUAGUGUUCACAAAAGGGGCGUCCAUCCAGACAUUGCCGUCUCUCGGUAAACACUUGAAGGGGGUCACAGAGUGUGUCAUUGGUCUUCAGUAUGUGUGGGAGUACCGCAGCCCAAGUAAAUCUGUCCCUCCACACUACCAGUGCAAGCUCUGUGCCGUGUCCCGCUUGCAGCAUGAUAUGCUUGCUCACGUGAAAGGCUGGAAACACAGCUUCAGAUACCUGAAAAAGGCCUACCCUGACAAGCUCACCUGUGAAGAGGAAGAGGCCAUCAAAGACCCUGCUGUAAGAAAGACAAUUAAAGAUGUUGCUGCUGAGGUGGAGAACACAGAAGGAAGGGGGCAACUCAAAGUGAUCCUGAAGGAACCAUUUGAGGUACCUGCUUUCAAGGGACUCCGUACUGCCACUCCUAAGGUUGUGCCUCCACCAGCUCCAGUGAUGGGGCCAAAGGGACCACUCUUUGGUCCCAGGUUCUCUGACCUGGGGUUUCCAGAUGAGUUUCCUCCUCAGGGCGGUCCCCUCCUAGACUAUCCAGUUGGAGAGUAUGGGGGGCCUGGUUUUGGAGGCUACUCAACUCGACAAGAUUUCCCUGUUUCUGGUAUGGAUCGGAGACCUUUCCCGGAUGAUAUGGGUCAUCGUCCAGCUAGAACUGGAGAUGGUUUUGGACCAGGUGGUGGAAGAGACAGCUAUGGAAGGAGUGGACUGCUGGAGGAGAACCCAGGCAGAAUGUAUCCUGAUGGGUUCAGGGGCACCCAAAUGGGGAACAGCUUAAUGGAUCGACCAGUGGACAAGCCACAGGACAGGCCAGGUUUGAUGGGAGCUCCAGAAUGUAGCAACGUUUCCAACCCACUACUCUCCUACCUGGAUACUUUCCGUAUCAAGAAUGAGAGUGAUGCACAGCUGGUGCUGAAGGUGACACAGAAACUAACCGAUUUGCUGAUGGAGUACAGGCUCAGGAGUGUAUCAGCGGGUUCUAGUCUGAGCAGUUUGUCAUCAGUGAGCUCCACAGGCUUCUCCUCUUUACCCUCCAGACUGCCAAGUAGUAGUGACCGAUACUCAACUGGUCUCUCAGCAGGUCCAUCUGGAUUCUCUGAUGUUCGAACCAGGUACUACAAAUGACAGCCAGGACUCAGAAGACACGACACCAUUAUCUGCUCAAAUUGCCGUCCUGUGUGUUUCAGUCCGGACAUCCAGGAAUCCAGGAGAUAACUUUGUUUUAUGCUUUCAGGCACAGUUGGUUAAUUUUCUGGGGGGUAGUAUUUUUCCUUUUAGAUGUUUUUGAAUUGUUAAGGGUAUAGGACGUUUUACACAUGAACAUGUUUUCAGCAGCUUGAACUGAACAUUUUAGUUUGACCAUUAACUUCCCAAGGUCUAGUUCUGUUAUAAUUAAUGGAGAAAAAGAUGUGUGAAAUCAAAUGCUCCAAAGUUGACUGAUUAAAGUUUCCUUAAAAACAUG